GCAUCCCACCGCCAUGUCCAUCUCCUUCAACGACCCCGACAUCCUCCCCGCCUACAACGCAGUCAAGGAUGCCACCGCCGACUACGACUGGGCCCUCUUCAACCAGGCAGGCAACGACCUCAGGCUCCAAACUACCGGCUCCGGCCUCGAAGACCUCGAAGAGGAGUUUAUGGAUGGCCGUAUCCAGUAUGCCUUUGCCCGAGUGAAAGACCCCAGCAGCAAGCUGGACAAGUUUGUCCUCGUUUCCUGGUGUGGUGACGGUGUGCCCGAGUUCAGGAAGGGGCUGUACUUCACCCACGCAGCCCAGGUGCAGGACAAGUUCCUCAGAGGUGCUCACCUGGUCAUCCAGGCUAGGUCCGAUCUCGAUGUGACCCCGGCAUACAUCACAAAGCGUAUUCAGGAAUCCUCUGGAAGCAAGUACAUCUCGCAUGCGUCAACGCCCACCACCGCGCCCGCUCCCAAAGCCGCGCCGAGCUACAGACCCAGUCAAGGCCUUGGAGGCUCUCAGGGUAAACCCGCAGCAGUCCCUGCACCCGCGUCUACCUUUGCCCGGCCGACACCUGCGCCUCCGGCAAGAGUUCCUGCUGCCCCGGCUCCUCCCCCCCGACAGCCAUCCCCUCCUCCUGUGAUCAAGCAAGAGGCCAAACCCACCGCCACAGCAAUCAUGUCGGCGAACACUCCAGCCGAGCCAGAGCCGGCCAAGCCUGCCCAGGACGACCGUAUUGCCCCUGUCGGUACCGCCUACACUCCCAUCAAGCUCCAGCCUGGUAAACUCGCCAACCGAUGGAACCCUACUGCAUCUCAGCCUGACGAGGAAGAGGCGCCCGUCAAGGGGCCUAGCAUCAAGGACAGGAUGUCUGCGUUUUCGGGCGCAGGUACUGCCGCGCCUUCUGCUCCUCAGCCCAGUGGAAAAAAGCUGACGUGGUCGGAGCGACAAGCCGAGGCAAAGAAGCAGAGAGAGGAAGAGGACAGGGCCAGUGCUGCCGCUGGUGCUGCUGCCGCCUCUAGAGGGGGUAUCUCUCCUGCGGUGACGGGCACACGAGCUGUUCCUGCGCCUCCUCCGCCCGCAAGAGCUGUGCUCGACUCUGCGGAAAAGAAAGAAGAUGACGAUGACUGGGAUGCGCCCAAGGUUGCUGCACCUGUCCCACCUCCUGCCACAAGGGCUGUGCCCCCCCGGCCUGUAUCUCCCGACUCUGAUGAGGAGAAAGAGGACGAGGAUGAUUGGGACGCGCCUCCUCUCCCUCCUCCUGCGGUGCCUUUCAGGCCUUCACCUGUCGUGGAAGAUGAGCCCAGUGCCCCCAGUGCUCCAGCCCCGCCCCCGCCCCCUCCUCCUCCUCCACCCCCACCUCCAGCACCCGUUGCGGACCCUCAGAUCGAAGAGCUCAAUAGGCUCAAGCAAGAUCUCACCCUUGGAGAGGCCCCUUCAGCUGGGCCUCCACCCGUCCCUGUCGACUCGAGGCCCAAGGUCGCGGAGGAGACUGCAGUGGCUGGCAAGACGGCCAAGGUGCUGUACGACUAUGACGCUGCAGAGGACAAUGAGAUUGAUCUUCGCGAAGACGAGAUCAUUACUCAGAUUGAAGAGCUUGAUGAGGGAUGGUGGUCUGGAGUGAACCCCGCGGGUAAAGCAGGUCUAUUCCCUGCCAACUAUUGCGAGCUUGUCGAACCUACAGAGGCACCUGCUGUCGAAUCUUCCGCGCCUGCUGUCGAAUCUACAGAGACACCUGCUGUAGAGACUGCCGAGUCGUUUGCGGCUCCCCCUCCCCCUCCCCCCCCCCCCCCCUCCUCCUCCUCCCCCACCCCCUCCCCCACCUGCUGCUGCUGCUCCUGCUCCUGCCCCAGCCGCACAGACAGAGUACAUGGUCGCGGCUUACGACUACGAAGCCGGUGAAGACAAUGAAAUCUCAUUCGCCGAAGGCGACCAUAUCACCGACAUUGACAAGGUCGGCCCUGACUGGUGGCAGGGGACAUGUAAUGGCAAGGAAGGAUUGUUCCCUGCCGCGUAUGUGGUCGGGCCGGAUGAAUACCCUUUGCAGGAUUAGCAGUGGGUAAGAAGUAAAGUAAGGAGCGUGGACUGGUAAUGUGAUUGUUGAAAAGCAUGCGAAAUGAACAACGAAGUCUUCUUGUUACUGCCCACAAUCCGGAAGAGCUCAGCCAAAUGUACUUUGGGGUUGCAAGGGUUAGAUGGGAGCUUGAGGAGACAUGUCGGACCCAUCUCCCACUUCUUAGUGAGUUGGCAUUGGGGUGUUCGGCGCGACUUGGGCCGUAUUACCAAGUGACCCCGCGUCAGCAAGGGCUGCCUGCACUGCCUGUCCUAUGCUGGCUCUUGGCGAUCACAUUACAUGACAUCCUGAUACUAAUAGAGUCCGCCAUGGUGCAUACAUCACGAUGAUCACGAGCCCCUUGUAUGACCCGGGGACGUCCGUAUCUUCGCACCAUACGAGUACCGAGAAAUUUAUUCCAGAUAAUCGCUGGCUACUGUAACCAUGCAGGAACUUGGGAUGAUGCAAUUAGGCAUGAUCUUGGUAUCUGCUCGGGCAUCCGCAGGUAGAACGGGAAAAUGGCCGGGAAAAUGGCCGGGAAUAGGCCGAGUGACAGUGAGUAGAGGGACAAUCAAUGCACUCUAUCGCUCGUCAUCACGUAAGUGACCGACUAUAGUCGCCAAAUUUGGUUCUCCGUGAUGCCGGUGUAGUCAUCCACAAUCAACCUGCCCCUCUUAGCACUGUCGUCCACCUGUACAAUCAUUUUGCAGGUGUAUGUUCAGUCAUCGUCAUCCGUCGUUGG